CCUUGUUCUGCAACGUGGUUUGUUGCCUCAUGUGAUGCCAAGGUUGCUACUCAUAUUCGCGAGAAGACCGUUGCAUUUUCGUUGACAUUCUGCUUUCGAUUCCAUCGUCCGUCCACCUGUAGUAGAAUUUUUCGUUUUCGUUCCUCAAAAAGGAAAGCGCGCUGUCGUCUUCGUCAUUAAUUUUGUUCCUGGUGUUCGUCGCAUUUUUGCCUCCUUUUCGUUUCGUUCUUCCUUACUCGUUUUUGUGUAUAAGCUCCGGCUCUAAUAAAGGUAAUUCGUUCUCGAUAGAUCAUGUCUUUCACGCCUGCUAGCGAAACCACUAAGGCAAGAGCGACAGUACAACAGCUUUGAAAAAAUUGAUCAGACCAGGACAUGCAACUAGCUGCCCCCUUGCAGCAGUACCCCUUUUUCAGACAGCCAAGAUUAUUCCUGAGCAUCUCUAUACAUUCGUCGCUACACAGUAAUUUUUACUUUCUCUAGCUCUACCGGCUCUUGCCGUCUUUGCGCCAAUUUUUGAAUAAAACAGCUUUCAUCAUUGUACGGCAGAGUAGCCAUGUCGCACCACCAUCCCACGUUGCCCAUGCGUAGCAAGUACCGUUCCGCGUCUGCUGCCGGUCUCCUGCUCGCAGCCUCCGCUGACACGGCACAACUGGCUGCCAGCAUGGUGGUCAACGCAGAAGAACAUGAACGCGAAAACCAGCAAAAGCUUUCUGCCGAUGGCCAAGCUGCAUCUGCCAACGACGUUUCUGCGACCUGUCCUUCCAUCGGGUUUUCCAAGUCGGUUGAGGGCCUCGCGGGUAACCUCUUCUCCUGUGAUUCCGGCAUGAUUGGGCUGUUCAACGCGAAGGAGGAAGCCGUUCACAUCCUGAAGGACGUAUGCAUUGCAAAACAGUAUCGUACACGUACUAGUAUAUAUAAAUUGCAUUACAAAUUGAAAUUUUCCGAACUGUAGAAAAUAAAUGCAGUUUCUUGUCAUGGUGGAUCAGGCAAAGCUAGAGUGUGAGAUUUCAUCUCAUGCGUGAAGAAGAUAACAGCAAUUACUACGAGUGCGAUACUUUUUGCAGUGGAUAGGAUGGUGCGGCGAGCGGACUGUACCCGGACGAGAUCUAUCAAAUGCAAAUUAAUAUGUUUGGGUCUGGAACAAAGCAACUUGUCAUGCUGAACCUGAAUCAUGUAAAAACAUGUGUUGCAUAGUUACCAAAAGCUGCCCACUUUUGUUGACCUAGUUCAGAGGCAGUUUCUCAUGCAGGAUAGGCAUGAUAGAACUCUCACAGAAUCUGUCAUGCUAUGUCCUACAUUCCAGACCUCAUGGGUCAUGCAAAAUAUGCAUGAGGACGCCAGACCUUGCAUCCUUCGCCUUCCAGACCCAGAUCGAUAUUUGCAUUUGAUAAGAUCGACAACGCCAGCGGAGGUCGUGCAGAUGUGUACUGCUUCGGACCGUUUGACAAAAUUGAGUAUGGGAUGCAAACACGCUGUCCUUUCUUGGGUCCACCUCUGGGAAUAGUUCUGUAUUUCUUCGUGUGUUUCGGAGUUGUGGUUGGAGUUGGACUUGGAUGAAAUACGCUGUCAAGAACAGGAGCCAAGCAUGACAUAGUUUCUAGAAGAGCGACGGCCCACCUUCAUGUGUAGAGCGAAACUGAGCUUCGCCUUUAAUGUCGAAUGAUGUCACGCAAUACUUACAGAUGAUUUCCAUGCAAAUUGAUUAUACUUCAUUUCCCUACCCAGAGGGGGACAAAUAUUUGUGGGUGAUAUCGAAGCGCAGGCAGUAUAUUGCUACGACCCGAACGCUGCAAGCGAUAAGUACCCAAAAAGCACCGUCACCUUUGAAAAGAACUCGGAACUCGUCCCCGCUAUAUGGAAAAGAAAUUGAAAUUUGCUGUACGAGACGACGUAUAGAUAAAUGCAUCACGAACAAUUUAUCGAAGAAGUUGAAGCAGGUUGACAUUUAUGAUCUUGAUGGCAUGCUGAUUGCUGAACCUGAAACUGCAAGCGCUUGAAUAAUAUUAAUAAAGAUCAAGAUCUACUAAUGUUGUCCUGCAGAAUUUGUUGAGAGCAGAGGGAAACAAAGUUAGUCCAAAAUGUACUUCGUGUAGUAGUAGUACGGCAAAGUCUUUAUUCCUGUCCAUACUUUACGGGCCCUUACUACUGGCAAGUCAAAGCUGGAGCCGAAGCCGGGUCAUUCACACUGACGUGGUUCGCGAAGGAGCCGGUCGUGGCGGCGCAACCCAGCGCCAAUGCUACCGACGAUGGCGCGGGCUGCUGUGGCGGGUCUUUUCUCGAAAACAAGAAAGGAAAUUCGGAAGAUGCGGAUGACGAACAAACCAACGCGCCCUCUGCUGCGGACGAACUGGAGGAAGAGGCUUUUGUCGCGGUGUGAACGAAGAUGAUAUCAAUCUACCUAUCAGGAGAAUCAGACUCAAUCGACAACGUACUACUGCGUUCUUGUUCAUCAAUUGUGCUUCUUGAAAAGACGCGAAAACGUCCUCCACAAGAUUCUUUCCCUCUUUGUGCGAAUUCAAAAAAUCGCCAGAUCAGCAGAUCCUGCAUGCCAGUGCCGUACGACCCCUACUUUCUAGUUUUGCACCUUUCUCACUGUCACUCGAAAAACGUAUCGUGUCCUCAGUCUCUAGUGAAUCGCAAAACCCCAUUCUCCUUGUCCCGCAAGUAUUUUAUUUCCUGGGCUCCAACAUGUUAGUUUUAUUACGUCCUUGUGCUUAUGGCAAUCGCAAUCCUCAUCCUCGUGCGUGGUAACUUCAAAAUCGCGUGAACUACACACCUGCCGGCUCUCGUGGAAACAACAUCCAUGAACUACAACUACUACAUGUUGCAAAGUACUGGCCCCGC